AUGGGCUAUCCACCUUCUGCCCGGCGAAUGGGUGAUAGUAAAAGGUAUUAUUACUCCAAUAAUCCAAAUAGGCGACAUUCCUCCCAAAUGGCUUAUCCGAAGAAGCCAUACCAGGGGGGGCAACCUUCUAGAGAAAACCCGUAUUCCCACGAAAGUAAUACACAUGGAUCAAUGAUUGAUAGAACAGGAACUCCAACUAUGCCAAGUGGACAUAAUGCUAAUACUUCCUCACCAUCAACACCGACUCAGAGUCAAAAUCAAACUCAAAGUGCACAUCAAAACGAUGUACCGAGAACGUCAAGAUAUGAUCCCUCUCCCAUCCAAAGAUCAUCUUCGGCCCCUCAUAGACCCACAGGCUUGGUAUCAAGAAAAUCAACCAGCCGUUACAACUCCAGCAUAGAUUAUCCUAGUGCGACAAGCCCGCAUAAGAGCGAGAUUGCUGAUAUCCCAAGAUCCCGAUAUUCUGGAAGCUCUCUGAGCAGAUACAACUCUCACACAAAUCCUGCGCCAACUGUUGCACAGUCAAUCAAAAACGGAGUAAGCAGUCCUGCAAGUAAUAACAAACCAUUAUUGAUGAACAAAUCCCCUAGAACUAGCGAAUCAAGUGUUUUUGGUAAUGAGUAUUCAAUGUCAAGUUAUAGGUCGCCAAAUUCAAAUAAUCCUUCUAGUAAUACCUCAUAUUUUACUAGAGCUAAUAAAUGGAGAAUGGGCUCAAAUCCAGAUUUGAAAAACGAACAUGAACAUCCAUCUAUGAACAGACAACCUUUAACAGCACCUAGUAAUCCAUCAACAAGAAAUAAAUUUUGGAAGCAUUCUACACCAAAAUACCCAUCAACUGUAUCACCUCAAACCAAAUUCAGUGAAUCAUUUCAUAGCCAAAGACACGAUAGCAAUUCAUCGAUCAACAUGAAUUAUGACAAGCAUCGCCCAAGUUUUAGCGAGUAUCAAGAAAAUGAAAAGAAAUGGGGUGGUAAAUCUGCAAAUAGCCAACAUGAGGAACACGAGAAAGAUGACGAGACGAGAUCACCUUUAGGAUCUCCAAACCCUCAUUCCCUUGGUUCUAGUUUGAUUAACUCUGUAUCACAAACAACCAGAGAAACAGAGGCGCAAUUGUUGAAAGAUUUAAGAGAAAAAGAAGGCCGUGUAAAAAAAGUUCGCUCUACAUCAAUAAAUAAACCAUCCCAAAACAUUCUACAUAAAGCAGUUGCCACCAAUAAUGGUGAAAGUACGUUGUGGACCUCUGUGGAUAAAAACGAAAACUCAAUGAAGGACAAUAUUAUGGAAGACACAGGUAUACCCGACGUUGCGAAUAGAGAAACAACGAUUAAUGAGUUUGAUGACCCUGACGGCGACGACGAUGAUAAUAAUGAUACAAAUGACAUCCAGGAUGAAGACGAUGAAGGAGAAGCAGAUGAAGAUGACAGACUUGCCGAUAUUAGCAACACUGUUUUUACUGAAAUGAGACCUUCAGAUAUGCUUGAUUAUGAGUAUAUUUAUGAUCCUACUGAACUACAAACGAACUUCUCAAAUAUUAAGAUUAAGAAUGAGCCUGAUCAUUACACAAUACCUUUGAAACCAAUCAACGAGUAUAUUUUUCCAAUGAAUAGAGUUGAAACAAAAUUAUGGCAGUUAAAAAAUAAGAGUAGAGAGGAGAUUGUCAAGAAACAAAAAUACUUACUGAAGAAACCUCUGAGAGAGUUUAAAGCUUAUCCAUUCUGGAAGAGAAACCUUUUAGUUCAUGAACAAGCAAUCCGAGGAGAACUUGCUAACACGAUAGGUGAACUAGUGCAACUAAACAGGUACAAAGAACUGAUGAUGAAGAAAAUGUGCUUUCAGACAUUACAAGAUUGGAAGGAUAAAUGUGGACAGAUGUCAAAAAUUAGCGAAUCACUGAGAAGUAAGGAAAUUGAAUAUCAAGAGAAGCUGGAGAGGGAAAAUCAAGAAAGAGAGGAGCAAGAAAAGAUAGCUGAAGAGAAAAGACGCCAUAAUAAUAGUUCCAGGCGUAGAAAUAGAGCAGAUUUUGUCGAUGAUGCAGAAAUGGAAACUGUACUUCUGCAAAUUGAUCCUGACUACAAAUUUCAUCAAGCAGCAGCUGUAAUUCCUAAAAUGAUAACAGAUCCACUUAAAAGAAGUAGCUACAAGUUUUGUGAUCUCAAUAAUUUAGAGACAGAUAAGGAUAAAUGGGCAUCAAGGGUAUUAUUAGAUGGUAUUGAUAACUUUACACCAAAUGAACACGAACUUUUUGUUGAAGGAUACUUAAUGAACCCAAAGAAGUUUAGUAGAAUAUCAAAUUUUAUGGGAGGGCUAAGAACUCCUGAGGAAUGUGUACUCCAUUAUUAUAGAACAAAGAGAACAGUUGAUUACAAAUCCCUAGUGAAUGAAAGAAACAAGAAGAGGAAGGGUAUAACAUCCAAAAAGAAGAAAAAGAAGGAACGUAGCAGUGAAGCAGAACUAGAGCUAGAUACAGAGCAAUCAACUGACGUGAAAGAAGUCACAACUGAACAUGCCGCGGAGGUUAGUAAUAUUGGUGAUAGCCAACAACAAAUCGAGAUAACAAAAACUGAUGAAACUGAUUAUGUGGAAGUAGGUGUAGUACGCGAACCCAUAGAGGAUGAUAACAUUGCUGUAGAUACAGAAGUUAUCAUCCCCACCGAAUCCAAACAUGAACCUGAGAACACUAAUGUUAAACCUGACCACCAUUCACCCGAACCGCCUGUGCAAGACUCAUUAGUAGAACCUGUACAGCCCACACAGGAGAUUUCUCAAGAAGUAGUACAUAAUGUGAAACCCUCAAAUGAUACUUAUGAAUCUAACCCACUGCAACAUAAUGAUGCUAUUACAGAACAUACUGGCGACUUCACAACAAUUUUGCCAAGACCAAGUCCAAAUAUGAGUCCAGUUGACCUUGGUUUUGAAGACGGAGGUCUGAGAAAGAAACAAAAGCAGUCUCAUGACCAUCGGACGAGUUACUGGAGUGUUAAAGAGACACAAGCCUUUCCAGAUCUGCUGAAUGAAUUCGGUUCACAAUGGUCUCUAAUAUCCCAAAAGCUAGCCACUAAAUCAACAACAAUGGUCAGAAAUUACUACCAAAGGAAUGCUGCUCAAUUUGGAUGGAAGUCAAUUGUGGAAGAAGCCGAUGCUAAACGUAAUGCCAAAAGUUCUGGCUUGGUUCAACAAUCCCAAAUAUUGUUACCACCAGAACCACCUGUUUUUAACAUAGUUAAUGGAAUCCCUCCACAAACAAGACCUGCAAUGAAUUACUUCGGCACCCAAGUUAAGUCAGAGACUGGCCAAUUAUACUCAGGCAUCACUGCCCAACCUUUCAAUGCUGAGAAUACCAAGGAUGCGUUCUCAACUGUCACAACUCCUACCAGCACGCUACCUCCACCCAGACUUCCAACAAUUCAAUUUCAAGGUAACACAGAGGGUCCUAUUGGCCAUAUAGCUCAAAUGUCUACAAAACCUAUCAAUGGAACUGCAGGUGGAACACCAGGGCAAGAUAUUAAAGCUGAGGAGUCCUCCAAUAUCAGUGCUAGAACAGAAGAUCACAGGCAUAAUUCGAUUAACAGCUUACUGAAUGCCUCUCCUGACAACAGACCUAAUAUAAUACCAAGACCUCAUGAUGAUUCACGUACAUCUACAACUAUUAGAUCAAGCUCUAUUUCCUCAUUACUGAACCCUGACAGUGGCCAACCCCCUCCAAAAGCUACAAUAAGCCAUAAAGCUGUAAGCAUAAGUCCUCCACCAAUCCAAAAAUUUGUUGGAAGUACAAUUAAUGGCACAGUUAGCACUAGUGUACCAACUCCUAGAAUAUUUUCAGAAGGGAACUUGAAACUUCAUCAAUUACCUCCAAUGACCACCACUGUUUCCCCUACUUUAUCUAAUGAUUCACCCACUAUAGGCCAGCAUCCACAACUAAUACGUAACGGUCAAGCUGUGGAUAGAAGUCUUCAAAAUAAUAGUUUACCACCAAUUAAUUUUGCCAAUGACCCAUUGGCAGCACUAGCUGCUAUUGCUUCAGCACCGGAAACAGUAUCCUCGUUCAUUUCAAAGGACAAAGAGCAACAAUAA